ACGGCUCAAAUUUGACAUUUUGAACAUCGCAUAGAAAGUUUUGUAUGUUUAUGUGUGUGUUUGUCAGCUGCGUAACGUAAAAAUUUAUAUCAGUUUUAUUUUAGUUUUAAAAAAGAUGUGUUUUUUUAUUAUGACUUUUUUUAUUACCACUAUAUGCAUGAAUGACGUCCAUUUAAUGAUGAAUCAAGUAUAUAACUCAAGUGAAUAUUAUUUUAAUACAAGCAUAAUACACGAAACUGUUUUAAAUGAAGAAAAUGAUACACAACAAACCCUUAUUUCAAACAUGACCCUUAAAGAAUUAUGUAAAUUAUUUGAAAUACCUGAAAAAAACUGCACAUGUGACGAGGAAAACUCAGAAAUGAAAGAACUCUGCAGCUUUCAUAAAUCUGAUAAAAUAACUAAGUUUAAAUGCGACUAUCUUUUGGGCAGUGUUAUCGGCUUUAGCAACAUAUUAUCAUCCACACUAGCGCUAAUCGGGAAUACAUUUGUUAUUUUGAUUUCAUUCGUUCAUCGUAAGGAAUUUUCCAGGUUUAAUCAAUUAGUAUUAGACUUAGCUAUCUCAGAUUUUGUAUUUGCUGCAGUUCAACUUAUAAUAAGCAUACCAGAAACCUUGACAUGUCAUUGGGUGUAUGGCUUAUUUUUGUGUAAGACUUUUCGUACAGCAUUAGCAGCUAGCGCCAAUAUUGCAGUAGGAUUUAUCGUUUUAAUUGCUGUUGAAAGAUAUACUAAUGCUGUGCAUUCGUUUAAAUCAAUUGUAAAGAGCUCAACGUGUAAAAUGAUAAAAUAUCUGAACAUCAUCUUGGGUAUUCUUUCAGUUAUCCCACCACUGAUAGUUCUUCAGUUAGGAAAAUUUAACACUUGUUCAGAAGAAUGGAGCAAUAAGAAUUCAAUUGUUUACACGUGGAUUUUGUUUCUGUUCUAUUAUCUUUUUCCAAUAAUUUUGCUUGUAGUUCUGUAUACUUCAACUGUUUUAUGGUUAAAAAAAAAAUUUUGUAAAAGUAGUGUUUUAAACGAUGCUAAGAAAAAAUUGCGUUUAGAAAAAAAUAAAAAGAUUCUUGCAAUGUUGGUUGCAAUUGUAAUUUUUUUUGCGAUUCUUGUUCUUCCUAACAGAUUAGUUUGGAUUAUUAAUGACAUGUAUGGUCUGAAAAAUAUUAAAAACAAAAAUACUAUACGGUUAUUCAGGACAAUUUCUGAAAUUUUUUAUGGAUUUCAUGCAGCUGUCAAUCCUAUUGUUUAUUUAAUUUUUGAUGCUAAAUUUAGAAAAAGACUUAAGGGGUUGCUUACUUCAAAUGGUUGUAGAUUUUUUUCACACAAAACAACUGUCGAGCAAUUGAGCCACCAGACAAUCACUUCCCAAUUUUGAAAUUAAACUUUCAAAGAAAUAAUAUUGAGGAAAAGCAAUCAAUAUAGUUAACAAUGAACACAUGUAGAAGGUAUCAGCUUAAUUAAGAUUAGUUAAUUAAGUAAAUAUUUUUACCUCAAUUACUUAACCGGGCUAUUGAGGUUAAUUCUCUAACGGAAAUCUGAUUUGAAUUUAUGUUUUUUUUAAUUAAGAAAAUAAUUUUAAUUUCAUAAA